AUGGACGCCUUUGGUAGCGUUGGCACAGCGACAUCGCUCCUAGUACAAGCAUUUCACCUCUUCCGACACGUGUCGUCAGCGCGUAGUUUUUCAGAUAGCGCAGGGACACUUGCUGCACUGAUCGCCAUUGAAUACUUCCGCUUUGAAACAUGGCUUCAGCAGAGCGGCUUACUGAUCACCGAUCCGGUUACAGGGGAGUUUAUUGUUAGCGAAAGCGAGCUUCGCCGGGCCAUUCUCCUUGCUUCGGAUGCACGAUCACUGACGAUGGACUAUGGCCGUGUUGAGCGACAUGUCUUGUUGGUUAUUAGCCAAGCACACCUAUGCCUGUUGAUGCUACAGGAACUUCGUAAAAAGUACGCCCUUCACAAUGACAUCAGCCAGGCUAUUAUCACUGGAACCCCAAACUCUGCUGCAAUCCAACCAAGUCAUGAGAUACCUACUGCAACACCGCUAUUCCAGAAUAAUCAAGUAUUUGAAGGUAAACUUUACCUGGUCGUUCAAAGACUUGAGAGUCUUGUUGCAGCUGGAUACGACGUAUUCAAGGCUACUCUUUCAGGUGAAACAGCGCUACACAGAGCAGCUCAGUUCAAUCUUGAUGAUACUGUCACUUGGUUGUUGGAGAAAGGAAGUAAUGUAUCUGCAAAAGACGCGCACUUUAACACCCCACUUCAUAUUGCCGCUUCCUUCAACGCGGUCUUGGUGAUUGAGACGUUACUCUCCCACGGCGCACAGCUGAACGCUGUGACUGUCGAUGGUCAGACGUCUCUGCAUUGCGCAAGCCAAGCAGGCGCAAACGAUUCCGUUAUCGCCCUACUCGACGCCGGCGCAGAUCCUAACAAGACGGACGGUCGUGGUCACACACCGCUGGCAACGGCUAUAUACUGGGGCAAAUGCAAACCAAGCACCAUCAAUGUACUCCUUGAACGUACAGAGGUAGACUGGAAUGCUCCACGAGCAAGCCACCUAGUCUUCAUCGCCGCACUGGCUAUCAAAUCUCCAAGCCGUGCUUCGGUGCUUGAAAGUGUCAUUCAGUCUCUACGCUCAAAAGUAGGACAAAAUAAAACGACUCGUAUCAUCAAACGAUUGAUGCCAGAGAUGGUACCCGAGAUAGUUGUUAGCGCAGACGACUCAGAUCGGGGAUCUCCAGCUGAUGUGAUUCCACCAUUACUUGACUUUCUACCCGAAAACAAGAAAACACGCCAUCUCCUUCUCUUCCAUAUGCUUCUUGUUAUCAUCAAACAUGGCGGAGAUGAUGAUGGAAAUCUCACUCGCCGUCUUCUCCUACUGGACGAUAGUAAUGUUUCUCAGGAGAUACCGAGGGACUGGGGUUUUCAGGGCCUAUGCUGUCGUUAUGGCAGACUGAAGCAGCUCCGUGUGUUCUUGGGACGUGGAUUGAACCCAUGGGGUAGGUCUAUGGUUGACGGAGUUAUGUGUACUACAGAGGAUAUUGUCAAACAGUUUUCGCCCGAUAUGUUGGGGUCAUUCCAACGUAUUACUGAUGGCGCUGAUAUGCUGAGGAGUGUGUGCAUCAAGGAUCCAUCAAUACUUCCAAUGCUCGGAAGGAUGUAUCCCCCUUUAGGAAUUGAGUAA